AUGAGAGGGUCUGACCAUCGACUUGUUUUGGUGAAUCUGAUGGCGUCUCAAGAUUCUUAUAGAGGUCAAUUCCGGUUUGAUAAAGGAUUUUUACAUAAGCCAAGAGUUGAAGAGACGAUUUUACAAUCAUGGAGCUCAGGGGCAGUGGAAGGAAAUCUGAAUGUCUCAAAACGGCUUAGAGUGUGUAGAAGAGCUCUCAGCAGUUGGAAACAGGAGAAUAAUAUGAAUGCAAAAGAUAACAUUCAUAAGACUGAAAGAGCUCUAGAAGUGGAACAAUCAACGCUAUCUCCGAGAUUCCAUGAAAUAUUUUUCCUUAAAAAGGAAUUGGCUAAGACGUAUUGGGAAGAGGAAGUCUAUUGGAGUCAGAGAAGUAGGGAGAAGUGGAUGCAUUGUGGAGAUAGAAACUCCAAGUUUUUUCAGAAUUUUGUGAUUCUAGAGGUGAAAAAGGUUUUUGAUUCAGGUGUUAUGCCGGUGGAGUGGAAUUACACACACUUGUGUCUUCUGCCAAAGGUUAUCCAUCCGGUUGUGAUGUCUGACUUACGACCGAUCAGCCUUUGUUCGGUCUUAUAUAAGAUAGUGUCAAAGGUGCUGGUUAAGAGAUUGAAGCCUUUUUUGGAUCAGAUUGUUUCAGAAAAUCAAACAGCCUUUGUUCCUGGUAGGCUAAUUUCUAACAAAUACUGGUUGCGCAUGAAGUUUUUCAUAGCCUUCAUACUAAAGACAAGUUUUCAUCAUAAAUGGAUUGAAUGGAUGAUGAUGUGUGUCUCCUCUGUUACUUAUGCGGUUCUCAUCAACGAUAAUCCUUUUGGCAUGAUCAUUCCACAAAGAGGUUUGACGCACUUACUGAAUAAAGCACAAUCCUUGGAUUUUCUUGAUGGAAUGCAGUUUUCAGAUCGGGGACCAAACAUUCACCACCUCCUAUUCGCAGAUGAUAGCUUAUUCAUUUGUAAGGCUAAUAAGGAGCAAGCUCUGGUUCUGUAUAAUAUCCUUAAAGUCUAUGGGAAGGCCACGGGUCAGACAAUAAACCUAAACAAGUCUUCAAUCUCCUUUGGUUCUAAAGUGAGAGAGUCUGAUAAGCUGGAGGUUAAAGCAACACUUGAAAUUGUGAAUGAAGGAGGGGCAGGGGUCUAUUUAGGUUUACCUGAAUGUUUCAGUGGAUCUAAGGUAGAGAUGUUGGAUUAUAUCAAAAGCAGCCUCAAGAGCAAAACAUCAUCGUGGUUCUCAAGAUCGCUCUCGCAAGGAGGAAAAGAAAUCAUGCUCAAAGCGGUGGUUUUGGCAAUGCCGGUUUUUGCCAUGUCAUGUUUCAAACUUCCUAAAACUACUUGUAGUAAUUUGGCAAGUGCAAUGGCUGAUUUUUGGUGGAAUUCUACUGAACACAUAAGAAAGAUUCAUUGGGUGAGUUGGGAGAAGAUGUGCUUACCAAAGGAUCAUGGUGGUCUUGGUUUCAGGGAUAUAGGAAUUUUUAAUCAAGCUCUUUUAGCAAAACAGGCUAGGAGGUUGAUUCAAUUCCCAAACUGUUUUUUCUCCAGAGUUAUCAAGAGUAGAUAUUAUCCUGAAACUGACUUUCUUAAUGCGGUGCUGGGUUCAAGACCAUCCUUCGGUUGGAGGAGCAUUCCUCAUGGCAGAGAUCUGUUGAAACAGGGGUUAGUGAAGAGAGUGGGUAAUGGCAAAAGCAUUAGAGUGUGGAUGGAUCCUUGUGAUCUCAUUGUUCCAACUAGAAAGGAUUGGGAUAUCGAUAAAUUAGAGGAUCAGUUUUAUCCGGAGGAUGUGGUGCUGAUAAAAGAACAUAAACCGGUGGUGGCCAUGGAGGAGUUCUGGGUUUGGAAGCAUAACCAGAGUGGGGCUUACUCAGUGAAGUCAGGGUAUUGGCUAGCAACUCAGAUUAAUAUGAGACCACUAUUAGUAGAAGCUUCAAUCCAACCGUCGUCAAAUGAGCUUAAGAUUCAGGUGGAUAUUCGUUGCCAAACGUGUGGUUUUGAAGGGGAGUCCAUUCACCAUGUUCUAUUUGGUUGUUCUCUUUCGAGACAAAUUUGGGCCUUGUCGGACUUUCCUGCGCCUGAGUUUGGUAUGGAUCAAGAAAGUAAAGAAAGAUGUGGAGGAUUUGUGUCAGCUCAGGUGGUUGAAGGAGAAAUGAUACCUACACCUGCAGUAGGGGGAUCAAACUCUCGUUCCCCGAUGGUCUCUGCAACUGCUACGUGGAAACCUCCGCAAAAAGACUGGGUUAAAUGUAAUAUUGGCUUUUCUUGUUCAAAAAAGAAGCCUCUGGUUGGAGCAGCUUGGGUGUUAAGAGAUGAGAAAGGGUUGGUCCUGUUCCAUAGUAGGAGAUCCUUCUCUAAUAUCAAAAGCAGUUUGGAAGCUCAGGCGGUUUCUAUUGUGUGGGCGGUUGAGAGUAUGAGAAGUCACAAUUUGAACAAAGUUGUGUUUGCAGUGGAUGAUAUCUUUAUGGUUGGAAUUAUCAACAGGCCGCAAGCUUGGCCUUCUUUCAGAUUUCAAUCAUCAGAAGUUCUGGGGGUUUUGGCACUUAUGGUCGACUGGAUGUUGGUGUUUGAAGGGGUUGCAGCAAAUAGUAGAGCUAAUCUCAUUGCUCAAAGUGCUUUAAGUCAAGGUCUGGUACAAUCCUAUGUGGCGACGGGGUUUUUGGUUUGGCUAGAAGAUCUCUUUUCUGAUGAGAAAGUUUUUCCUCUUUUUGAAGUUUUUGAUUCUGCAAGUGAUAUCCGCUCUUUAAAGGAGUAA